CCGAUCAUUAAAAUGAUCCGAAUCAUAAGAACGAUUCGUUCACGAAUCGGACAUCGCUGAUCAGGAGAGAUCCGUCGCCCAACAACAACAUUUUAGUGAGGCAAACCAACAAUGGGGACCCGUGACGACGAAUACGAUUAUUUAUUUAAAGUUGUGCUCAUUGGAGACUCUGGUGUGGGGAAGAGUAACCUGUUGUCCCGUUUCACUCGAAAUGAGUUCAACCUGGAGAGCAAGAGCACUAUCGGUGUGGAGUUUGCAACCCGCAGCAUCCAAGUGGACGGCAAGACCAUUAAGGCUCAGAUCUGGGAUACAGCGGGACAGGAACGCUACAGAGCCAUCACAUCAGCGUACUACAGGGGUGCAGUGGGAGCUCUUUUGGUCUAUGACAUUGCAAAGCAUCUGACUUAUGAGAAUGUGGAGCGCUGGUUGAAGGAGCUGCGGGAUCACGCGGAUAACAACAUAGUCAUCAUGCUGGUGGGCAACAAAAGUGAUCUGAGGCACCUCAGGGCCGUACCCACCGAUGAGGCCAGAGCUUUUGCAGAGAAGAACACUCUCUCCUUCAUCGAAACAUCGGCUUUGGACUCUACGAAUGUAGAGGAGGCAUUUAAAAACAUACUAACAGAAAUCUAUCGGAUCGUAUCACAGAAGCAGAUCGCUGACAGGUCCAUGCAUGACGAGUCUCCCGGCAACAACGUAGUGGACAUCAGCGUGCCGCCCACUACCGAUGGUUUAAAGGGCAACAAAUUUCAGUGCUGUCAGAACCUGUGACCCCACUUCCCCCGGCUCUACCCCCACCCUUGGGCUUCAGUUCCCCUCUAUUUAUCUCGGCUUUGCUCCUGUGUGUUGUGCUAUGGCUACGGCUCUUUCCUCUUUUUACCUCGUUGUGAUUUCCACGCUAAUUCUAGACGACUCUUAGAAGCGUGAAUCUCUAGGUGACAUUCCUUUUCCUUGUUUUGUUUUUUUUUGUCCCUUUUUUGUUUCUUUACUUUUAUCCACUGUCUGAAUUCACAUUUGCUAGGCAAAAUGUUUUUCCUCGGAAGUGAUAAUUUGGGCGCUGAUCGUGUGAUCCGCUCCUACGGAAAAGGGAUGGUGAGGGAUCAGUGUGUCUUCGGCUUCCUCUGAUGGUUAUUCUCUGGGAUCCACACUAAACGCCCGCCAUCUGUUGAGCCAGAUCCCUUAAAAGGGUUAAAAGGGCCAGUUUUUUGGGGAAGAAAAUCGAGUUUGUCUUGGAUCGUGCGGAUACCAAAGGAGGGCUGCUGUCAUCUUUAUUUCAGUUCAUCAAACAUUUCACAUAUCACACCUUUAGUCCUAUCCUGCAAUAUUUUACGCCAGGGCUGAUUGGUGUGUGAAGUUGCGCAGUUUGUUCACCGUGUUCAGAUUGCCGUAUAUAUAGCAGUUAUGUGAAUGCAUCUAUUAAGCAUUUCAUGAAUUGAGAAAUUAUUCAAAUAACAGUUAUAUAUAUGUAAACUAUUCAUUGCAUUGCUGAGGUAUUCUAGCUCUUCAGUGGGAAAAUGCAAUGGUGUUUUAGAUGGUCAGUUGUUUCACCGGUCUGUGAAAAAGUCACUAUAUAUACAAUUGUUUGACUAAGUCAUACGGCUAGUUUGGAAAUGCCUUAUGUUUUCCCAUACUGUGAUAAAGAUGCCUUUUUCAAGUGUGGUUAUGUGACAUUUACACAUCCAUGAAGUCACAACAGCUGUUUUGCCUUUUAUCAGGUUACAUUAAAAUGGAAAAUAAACCAAAUUACUGUCACAAUU